GUCUAUAUGCAGGUGAAGCUAUAGAAAGUGUUCAUGUACCCCCAACCCCGGCAUCAUGUAAAUGUGUAAGCCAUUGACGUUAACAAGCUCUAGUUCAUACUGUCUACCUAGGUAUUGUACCUGGCAGCCCUGGCUAAGAGGUAUUAGACCCCACCUGCGGAACCGGCGACCGGCAGUUUGAUUAUUGCUUCUUGGAUAAUCGACGGUCCUGUGCUGUCUUUUACGAUUCUAUUUCCUAUCGUCUGGUUGGAUUUCCUUCCUUCUUAAUUCUCUGUAUAUGUAAUUUCUCCUACUAGAUUACCUAGACUACCUAUUUACCUCUUUUAUAUCCAUUGUAUAUAUAUAGGUAUAUAUAUAUUGUAUAUAGCAAGCUUGACAUUGGAUCUCGCCAUCUUUAUAUCACCGGUCUAUCUUGUUUCCUCGUUCACCAAAACUGUCUCUAUAGUAAACAUGACACUCCCUAGAGGACUUUCUACUAUAUUAGCUAAAUCACCUUCCGACACCGUCAUCCUCUCAUCCCUACGCACUCCUAUUUGUCGCUCGGGUCGCGGCCAACUAAAGAAUGCCUACCCUGAAGAGCUGCUCUCCGUCGUACUACGCGCCACGCUUGACGCCAACCCGAACCUCCCGCCAAAUAAGAUAGAAGAUGUCGCCGUCGGCGUCGUCCUCUCCGAACUCGGCGGCAGCAAGGCUUCUCGCAUGGCUAUGAAUCAUGUCGGAUUCCCUAAUACCACAUCCCUGUAUACUGUCAACCGCGCAUGCAGCAGCAGUCUGCAAGGUCUGGCUACUAUCGCCGCUCAGAUCCGUGUCGACAUGAUUGGUGUAGGCAUCGCCGCGGGUAUGGAGAGCAUGACGAGGAAUUACGCCAGCAAGGCCAUACCUGUAGAUAGGUGGCCUGUGUUAGCCGAGAGCCCUGUUAAAGAUGCGCGCGAUUGCAUUAUGCCUAUGCUUGCUACCAGUGAGAACGUUGCCAAGAGGUACAAGGUUUCGCGCGAGGAGCAAGACGAGUUUGCCUUUGAGUCCCAGCGGCGCGCGGCGAAGGCUCAGGCCGAGGGCUUAUUCGACCAAGAGAUCGUGCCUGUUCCUACCGUGUUCCAGGAGAUUGACAAGCAAGGGAAAGAAAUUGGAGAGCCGAAACAGAUCACCGUAGCAAAGGAUGAUGGCAUAAGGCCGGGGGUGACGCUCGAGGGCCUCGCUAAGCUCAAGCCUGUUCUUGGCGAAUCCGGCACAAGCACGGCGGGCAAUUCGAGCCAAGUCAGCGAUGGCGCCGCUGCCUCGCUCCUAAUGAGGCGGAGCACCGCGACAGAGCUCGGGCUGGCGUCGAGUAUCAUGGGGAAGUUCGUAGCUGCCACUACGGUCGGUUGUGCCCCGGAUGAAAUGGGCAUCGGCCCCGCGCUGGCCAUCCCCAAGCUUCUAGGCCAGCUCGAUAUCAAGUCGGAGGAGGUGGAUCGUUGGGAGAUCAACGAAGCUUUUGCCAGCCAGUCCGUCUACUGCUUAAGAGAGCUUGGUUUGCAGGAGGCUUGGGCACAGGGCAAGGUUAACCCUGACGGAGGCGCCAUUGCUCUAGGUCAUCCGCUCGGUGCUACGGGGGCGAGGAUGACGGCUACGUUAUUGCAUGGCCUAGGACGGACCGGAGGACAGGUUGGUGUGGUGAGUAUGUGUGUGGGUACCGGGAUGGGUAUGGCUGGCUUGUUCGUUAGGGAAUAAGCCGAAUUUUGGUGUAUGUCUAUGCGACGACAAUGGCAAUUGGACAUACUGUGCAUACAAGCAAGUCGACAUGUGCAUACUACGAUGAUUGUCUUGGUCCGUUCUUUGUCUCCGCUUAUGGGCUGUGGACUACUUCGAGGUACGCGAUUUGACAAAGACUAUGUGAACGAUCAAGUACAAUAAAGGUAGAUGAGAAUAGAAAAAAGAGAAGAGUACGCAUUGAGGUCUUUUGUCAUUCAUCCUCGAGACUGCUUUCGGCUUGGGUCGGGAAAACACACAAGGGGAUAGUUUAUGGGGUUUCUAUUGUUAUACCUUAACCCCAGCUAGAGGCCAGCCCCCGUUGUCUGGAUGAGCCAUUUGAUAUAUUUACGUUGUUUUAGAAGCAU